CACUAGUCUGUAAUUCAUAGUCACACAGUAGAGGCGACAGGGGUGGCAGGGAGCUGAGCCUACUAGAUUGGUUUGAGUCCCACAAGGUCACAGGACUGGCAUUCAGCUAAGCAGGCAUGUAAAUAUAGCUUCAUGAAAGGCAUGCCAUGGAUUAUGUCUUAGGACUCUCAGAUUUCGUCUUCACCCAGAAGCGAUUGUGAUGUACGGAGAGCUGGUGACCGGGUGGCCAGACUUCAGGUGUUAAGAUACUGCAUAUUAAGAACUCACUCACGUCUGAGGUCUUCGUCUCUUGAGAUCUUCGCUUGUUUCGGAGACGAACUUUCGGUUUGGAUUAUCUCUGAAGAUCUGAGGAAAGUUUGAUGGGUUAAAUGUGAUAUGUUGUAAGUGACAGAUAACUUUAAAAUAGAGGAUCCAUCGUGUGAGGUUUGAGACAGCAUCAUGGAUGCAUUAGCUUUAGAGGCGAAAAGUGCUAAGAGUGAAAGCACACCUGCUCCUGCGCCUGCACCCCACAAACCCAGACCAAAACCUCCUAAAAAACCUAAACGUAUCGUUUACUUUGAGGUGGAGAUACUGGAUGCCAAGACCAGGGAGAAACUAUUACUUCUGGAUAAGGUCGAGCCAACGGCAACUAUUUUGGACAUUAAGUCAAUGUUCCACAAAUCAAAUCCACACUGGUACGCUGCCAGACAGUCUUUAUGCCUGGAUCCAAAAGGAAAACCUUUACGAGAUGAAGAAAUCUUACAGGAUCUCCCCGUGGGAACCACUGCAACUCUUUACUUCAGAGACUUAGGAGCCCAGAUUUCCUGGGGAACUGUGUUCCUAAUCGAGUACAUCGGACCACUUGUCAUCUACCUGCUAUUUUAUUUUAGACUUCCUCUUAUCUACGCUCCCAAGUAUGAAUUCACCACCAGUAAGCAUUGGGUUGUGCAUAUAGCCUGUGUGUGUCACUCCUUCCAUUAUGUGAAGCGAAUCUUGGAGACGCUGUUUGUCCAUCGCUUCUCUCAUGGUACCAUGCCGCUGCGCCACAUUUUCAAAAACUGUUCAUAUUACUGGUGCUUUGCAGCAUGGAUGGCUUAUUACAUCAAUCACCCUCUCUACACACCUCCACUCUGUUUACAUGCAGAUUAUGGAGAAAGGCAGGUGAAGACAGCAAUUGUAAUCUUUCUACUCUGUCAAAUCGGCACCUUCUCAAUUCACGUGGCUCUGCGAAAUCUCAGGCCAUCUGGAUCUAAGGUGAAGAAGAUUCCCUAUCCAAACAAGAACCCAUUUACGUGGAUAUUUGCGCUUGUCUCAUGUCCAAACUACACAUAUGAGCUGGGAAUUUGGCUUGGAUUUACAUUGAUGACCCAGUGUGUUCCUGUGUUGUUCUUCACUGUGGUGGGAUUCAUACAGAUGACAGUUUGGGCCAAAGGGAAACAUCGCAGCUACCUGAAGGAGUUUAAAGAGUAUCCGUCACUGCGCUCCCCGAUCUUACCCUUCAUCCCAUAACAGAAACCCCAAAUCAUUGAGAAGUAUUGUUGCUUAUCUGGUUUGUUUGCAAAUAGAGAGCAACACUGAAGUUCUGAAAGUAACAAACCCAUUCAUUUUUACCAUAGUAGGCCUAACACUCAUUUUAGCUGAUAAGAUACUGUAUAAUGCACUCAAGAGAGAUACCUGAGGCCUGUAGAAGAAACAAGUCCGUAUGAUUUUACCUUUAGGCUCAUGAUUAAUAGCUAAAUUAAAACUAAAAUGACCAGAACUCACAAAGAAGAUCAGAGAAGCCAUUUUUACUAUAAAAACUGAAUUUCAAAGUAAACUUUUUCUUUUUUUUAAAUAAACAAAUCAUUUCUUAA